AUGGACCCCCGACAACACCAACAAUCAUCAACAUCAACACACCUCAAACCACCACCCUCCCACCACACCCAGCAACGCGCACCCCCCUCCCCCUCCCACUCCCAAUCUCACCACCACCGCACCCCCAUAACCGCGCACCCCAGCGCCACCAUCUCCGAAAGCCUGCUAAUCCAAGGCUCGCACCCAAUCUCCAUCGGAGCGAGCACAAUAAUCCACCCACGAGCUCGAAUCUACUCCUACGAAGGGCCCGUAAUAAUCGGCAACGGAUGCAUAAUCAGCGAGAAGAGCGUUAUCGGGUCCGCGCCCACCACCUCCACAUCCACAACAUCAACCACAUCUACAUCAAGCGGCAUCGCCAGCAAAGACGAAGGGUCGAUUCUACCUAUCCGCAUCUCGAACAGCGUGACAAUCGGCCCAGGGGCGCAGAUCCUUCCCGGGGCGCAUAUUCAUAGUGCGAGUUGUGUGGAGGCGCGCGCGGUGAUUGGGAGGAGGAGCGUGGUGGGAUCGCAUUGUCGGGUGUGUGCGGGCGUUGAGGUGGCGGAUGGGGAUGGGGUUGCGGAUUGGAUGGUUGUUUGGGGGGGUGGGAAUCGGAGGAGGAGGAGGGCUGUGGGGAGGGUGGAGCCGAGUAAGGUGGUUUUUCCUGCACCAGCAGGAGGGAAUGGUGGAGGGAAUGGUGUUGGGGGAAAUGGGUUGGAGGGGAGGGUGAUUGAGGAGGCGAGGUUGAUGGUGUUGCAGAGGGAGAGGGAUGCGUUGGUUAGGUUGAUUGGGGGGAGGAGGAGAUGA